UUCGCUCCCGCCCCACGUAGCCAUUUUGCGUUUCCUGGACAAAAAAAGGAGAUGAGAUAGAAAGACAAUCAGACACAGAAUAUAUUUAGUCUUCAAAUCAUAUCUAGAAUCAAAAGCGCGGAUGUAACUGUGCAAUAUGAUAGGCGCGGGAGCGGGCGAGCAGGUACACCAGCCGCGGCCCGUAUUCAAAGUGGAAACAGUUGGCUAGCUGGCUAACGAGCCGUUAGCGAGAGAGUGAGAUAAAGACUUCAUAUACACUAGAGUUUUAGGACAUACAUGCGUAUACAAUUAUACUCUUCUGCACGCUAGAAGGCGGACGUUGGUAGAAAAAAUGGACCGUGUGUUGAUUUGAAACGUCGCAGCGGGCAAAAAACAGCAAACGCCACGGUUUUUGCGGAGGAAGCCGGAUAACUGUUUAUUCACAGGGAAUAAAGAGGAGGAUCGCAGCACGCCACGGAGCCAGUCAUGCCUGCCAGUGUGCGUACUGGGACCCUGAAGGACUCAGAGGUGUCUGAGCUCUUCUACAGAGAUGAUCCUGAGAAGCUCUUCACUGAUCUGCGGGAAAUCGGUCAUGGCAGCUUUGGAGCUGUGUACUUUGCUCAUGAUGUGCGUUCCAAUGAAGUUGUGGCCAUCAAGAAGAUGUCGUUCAGUGGCAAGCAGUCCAAUGAGAAAUGGCAAGACAUCAUAAAAGAGGUGAAGUUCUUGCAGAAGCUCAGACACCCCAAUACCAUCGAAUACAAAGGGUGCUACCUCAGAGAGCACACAGCAUGGCUGGUGAUGGAAUACUGUCUAGGAUCAGCCUCUGAUCUUUUAGAGGUGCAUAAAAAGCCUCUUCAAGAGGUGGAAAUAGCUGCUAUUACCCACGGUGCACUUCAGGGCCUCGCCUACCUUCACUCUCAUAACAUGAUACACAGAGAUGUGAAGGCAGGUAAUAUUCUGCUAACUGAGCCUGGUCAGGUGAAGCUUGGAGAUUUUGGCUCUGCCUCAAUAGUUUCUCCCGCCAACUCUUUUGUGGGUACACCUUACUGGAUGGCCCCAGAAGUGAUCCUAGCCAUGGACGAGGGGCAGUACGACGGGAAAGUGGACGUCUGGUCUCUCGGCAUCACCUGCAUCGAACUAGCUGAAAGGAAGCCGCCCUUGUUCAAUAUGAAUGCUAUGAGUGCCUUAUACCACAUUGCGCAAAACGAAAGCCCUGUCCUGGCGUCAAACCACUGGUCGGACUACUUCCGUAACUUUGUGGACUCUUGUCUUCAAAAGAUCCCUCAGGACAGGCCUACCUCAGAUGUGCUGCUCAAUCACCAUUUCCUAUGUCGAGAGCGCGCUCAUUCUGUAGUGAUGGAUCUGAUCACGCGCACCAAAGACGCUGUGCGAGAGCUGGACAACCUGCAGUACAGGAAGAUGAAGAAGAUCCUGUUUCAGGAAACCCUCAAUGGCCCCACACAGGAAGGAGGAGAGGAAGAAGAGGAAGCAGAGCAGUACCUCCUGCAGACAGGCACGGUGAACAGUAUGGAGAGCUCUCAGUCAGUGCCCUCCAUGUCUAUCAGCGCCAGCUCCCAGAGUUCCUCAGUCAACAGCCUGGCCGAUGGCUCGGACGACAGUGCUGAGAUGGCCAUGAUGCAGGAGGGAGAACAGACUGUCACGUCUAACAGCUCUAUUAUACACCGCCCCACUACGCGUGAUAAUAUUUAUGACGAUCCUUAUCAGCCGGAGAUGGAGUCGCAGCAGCAGCCGUCGUCGGCCGCUCGGAGGAGGGUGCACAGAAACCGAGACCAUUUUGCCACCAUCCGCACAGCCUCACUGGUGACCCGUCAGAUUCAGGAGCAUGAGCAGGGCUCAGCUCUGAGGGAGCAGAUGUCCGGGUACAAGCGCAUGAGGAGGCAGCACCAGAAACAACUGCUGGCUCUGGAGAACAAACUCAAGUCUGAGAUGGAUGAACAUCAGCUCAGGCUGGACAAAGAGCUGGAGACCCAGAGAAACAACUUUGGAAGUGAAGCAGACAAGCUGAGUAAGAAACAUCAGGCCAUCCUGGAAAAAGAGAUUAAAGCUGCGCAGACGGAAGAGAAGAAAUUUCAGCAGCACAUUUUGAACCAGCAGAAGAAGGAACUCAACGGCCUGCUGGAUUCCCAGAAACGGCAGUACAGGCAACGCAAGGAGCAGCUAAAGGAGGAGCUGAAUGAGAACCAGUCCACACCGAAGCGAGAGAAGCAGGAAUGGCUGGUGAGGCAGAAGGAGUGUAUGCAGCAGAUCCAGGCUGAAGAAGAGGCUUCUUUAUUGCGGCGACAAAGGCAGUAUUACGAGCUGCAGUGCAGACAGUAUAAAAGGAAAAUGCUGCUCGCGAGACACAAUCUGGAGCAGGACCUGCUUAGAGAGGACCUGAAUAAGCGUCAAACCCAGAAGGAUCUGGAGUGCGCCAUGUUGUUGAGACAUCAUGAGUCCACUCAGGAGCUGGAGUUCAGGCAGCUAGCACUGGUUCAGCGUACUCGGGCCGACCUGAUCCGAACACAGCACCAAAGCGAACUGGCCAAUCAGAUGGAGUAUAAUAAGCGGCGUGAGCAGGAACUCCGUCAGAAACACGCUGUGGAGGUCCGCCAGCAACCUAAAAGCUUAAAGACGAAAGAGCUCCAGAUCAAACGUCAGUUCCAAGACACCUGUAAGAUUCAGACACGGCAAUACAAAGCCCUGCGGAACCACCUGCUGGAGACCACGCCCAAAUCAGAGCAUAAAACCGUACUGAAGAGACUCAAAGAGGAGCAAACACGUAAACUGGCCAUCUUGGCCGAACAGUACGACCAUUCCAUCAGAGACAUGCUGUCCACACAGGCUGUGAGUAAGUUGCGAUUGGAUGAGACGCAGGAGGACGAGUACAGAGCACUGCGCAUGCAGCUGCAGCAGGAAUUGGAGCUGCUAAAUGCCUAUCAGAGCAAAAUAAAGAUGCACACAGACACACAACACGAGAGAGAGGCCAAAGACCUGGAGCAGAGGGUGUCUAUACGGAGAGCUCUUCUUGAGCAGAGGAUCGAGGAGGAGAUGUUGUCGUUGCAGAACGAGCGUUCUGAGCGAAUCCGGGCUCUGCUCGAGCACCAAGCUCGAGAAAUCGAGUCCUUUGAUUCGGAGAGCAUGCGCCUGGGCUUCAGUAACAUGGCUUUGAGUGGAAUCCCUGCUGAGGCUUACAAUCAGGGCUACCCCAACCCUCCUUCCUCCGGCCCUGGGGGCUGGCCGUCCCGUCCUGUGCCUCGUUCAGGCAGUCAGUGGAGCCAUGGCGUCCAAAACUCAGCGGCGCCGCCCUCCUGGCGAAGUCAGAACAGUACAGCCGGGUUCAGCCGAGCGGAGCAAAUCUCCAGCCGGGAGAGAGAUCGAGAGAGGGAUUUAGAGGGAAUGGGUGCCCGUGGCUUUCCGAGCUCUCGCUCCUCUGCCUCGUCUGCAUCGUCGUCGUCGUCGUCCUCGCAUCAUCACCUCCGCUACAUACCGCAGCAUUACCACCACCAGAGUACACCACACCUGUACCGCGACAACCGAGAGAGGGAGUGGGGAGGUGGUGGAGGAGGAGGUGGUCACCACUCCUCUUCAUCCUCCUCUCAUGGCCACUCGCAUCACAUUUCUUCCCAUGGCUCUUCCCAAUCCCUUGCUCUCCUCCCUCCACCUCCUCCUCCUCCACCCAUCUCACUUUCCACAUCUUCUCCCCAGUCCUCCUCCUCCUCUUCCUCCUCUCAGAGUGGCUAUGGUGGAAGGGGCGAGGGCCUGGCUGUGAGGGGCCCCAGCCUGAUGGCUCUGAGAAACAGUCCAGGACCCCUUCGGAGAACCGCCUCGGGCGGAGGUGCCGGUGGGUCGGGCGGGGACGGAGGUUUGAGUCGGAGUACAUCAGUGACGUCGCACAUCUCCAACGGAUCCCACCUCUCCUACUCGUAGAAAGUCAGACAGGAAGUUCAGAACAUUUUGCGGGCUUUAGCAGGGGAGAAAAGCCCUUGACGUAGCUCGUUUAGGAGUUAAACGGAGACGAGGAGGAAAAAACGUAUUUAGAUGGUCAGACCUUUACUUACAAGAAGAUAGAUCUCAGGGUUUCCGGGGGAUAGUGAUUCGGGAGGGCUCAGGGUUUAGAUCGGGAACAGAAAAGACGAGAUGUACUGUUACAGGAGCAGAAAGCUAUACUGUUGAGUGUGUGGGAGAGAAAGGAUGAAAAUAACACAAGUGGUGCCAAUGCUGUAGAUUGGGCUCAUCCUUAACUGGUCCAUUUUAGUUUUAUUUUAUUUUAAACGGUCAGACAGACCCAUUGAAUUCUGCUCUUUCAUGUCCAGGAAUUUUCUUGCACGUCUAAAGGUUGAAGAUUUGAACUUUUUACAGAUAUUAUUUUAUGCUUAAUCCUGGUUCAUGUUAAGCUGAAUUCAUUUUGUGCAAUUCAAGGGUUUCCUUUUUAAAAGAAUAGUUUGCCAAAAAUGAAAGAUCUGUUAUUAUUUACUCUCUCUCUCAUGUUGUUCCAAACCCUACAUACUGUUAUUUUUUUCAUAGAACACAAAAGGAGAGUUUUUGGAGGAUCUUUUAAGCAGCACUUUUCUAUGCAACAAGAGUUCUUAGGACUUCAGAGUUUUCUGAAGCCACUUGAAUGCUUUGUUUGAGCAGAUCAAAAUUUGGGUCUGAAAAAUAAUAGUACAUUCAUGAAUCCAACAACCGCUUGGAUUUUCAUGCGUCAGAACCGAAUGUAGUUCACUUUGUCUUUUUUUUAGAGCUGUGAACCUGCGUUAUUUGGAAAAGAGCUGCUUUAAAGGGAAAGUUUACCCCAAAAAUGAAAACUCUGUCGUCAUUUACUCGCCUGCAUGUCGCCCCAAACCCAUACGACUUUCUUUCUUCUGUGGAACAUAAUAAAAUAUAUUUUUAGAACAUUCUUUAAACAUUCUUGUUUUGCUGCAGAAAGUAAGUCUGCUUUGACAUGACAGAAUUUUCAUCUUUAAGCUCUUUCUAAUAUCUCUGUGUUUUGCAGAUAAAUAACAAAAUACAGGUUUAAAACGACAUGAGGGUGAGUGAAUAAUGGCAGAAUUAUUCAUUGACUCUGAGCGUCUCUUGAGUUUGAGCCAGAGGAUGAGUCCUUUUCAAUUUUUACUGCUAGCGAGCGAGUCGGAUGCAAUAGAAGGUGCUGUAGCAUGUGCAGAAACUUGUGGAAGGGAGAAGAGGUGUAAACUGAGGAACUAAAAGGGUGAUUGAACUGAUUUUUGUGUAAUUAUGUAGAUAGUACUAAAACAAUACUAAAAGAACAUCAAUCAUUGAUGGGUUUUAAACUGUACAUUUGUAUUUGAGUCAAGGAUGGGAGGCAGUUUUUUUAUUUUGAAAUGAUUUUCGUAUUCUGUAUUCUUUUGUUUAUUUUUUUUAAACAAUGCCACACGUUAUACUGCCAUCUAGAGGCUCAACUGACCUAAAGCAACUCCGCCCACUGUCCUUAUAAGGGCAAGCUGCCAUUUAAGUUGUGUUUGGUUUAGGUUUAAACUGGGCUGUCAUUCAGUGUCUGUUUUUAGCAUAGGUGUGCUAAGAUUACUUUUAAAAAGAGAUUGAACCUGGCUAGGUGAGUAAGCCAUCUCCUUGACUAUAAAUGCACACUGUGUAAAUAUGAUGUACAUGUCCAUAAGAGAGUUUGGUUACAGGUUUCUGUGCAUGAGAGUGAUGUACUGAGACCAUUUGUAUACAAACAUACACCACAGACGUUUAUAUGACUUUAAGUAUAUGUGUAUAAUACAUCUCCUGUGGUAGGGUUGACGGGGAAAGUCAUCAGGUUGUUUUCUGUUCAACACUUUUGAUCUAUAUUGUACUUAUACAACGUGUGUAUAUACAAGCACUAACUCUUAUUUAGGGUAAUAAUAAUUUUGCUAUGUGAAUUGGAAAGUGGGACAUAAAAAAUAGAUACUGUCAUUAUUAUUACACCUACUACUACCACUGCAAUAUUUGUGUUGUACACUAAUUUUUCUUUUUACAAUUUCUUUUUCUCUCUUUUUUUUAAAGACAGGUUUUUUUUAUUUUAUCAAUGCUUACCACUAGGUGGGAAAUGUUGGCAGUGUCACAGUGAGAAUUUUGAGUCUCGUUUUAGAUUAAAAAAUUAAAAAGGACUACCUAUCCCAGCAUUCCUUGUUACAUCUCAGGCUAGGAGUCUUUUGUGCAGUGCGUUGUCAGGAGAGUAGUAUUUUAGAGCCAGUAUUAAACUUGUACAGAACAUUUUAAGAGAUUUUAGCUGUAUAGAACAUUUCUAGACGACUGUAAAGUGUCUCAAACACCCCCCCACCCCCCUUUCUCCCUCCAUCUUAUGUUCUGGAAUGCACUACUUUCGUUUUUGCUUACUAAAUUUGUAUGUAUAAAAUGGACACAAGGCAACACAAGCUGUUUACAUUGACAACCAAAAUCUCCAGCAUACCCUUAAGAACAUGGUGAGAGAUGAAGCUAGAUUUUGCCAGUUACGUUGUUAUUUUAGUUUUAAAAACCCGAAAUCUUUUGUGCUCCCACACUGCCAGCUCUCUUUAGACACCAGCGUUCACUCGGACUCUCCCUCGGCCUCCUGAACCAAGGAGACAUGCAGUACCUCACUUCCCUGUGCCUGGCCAACCUUUUUCAGUGUUCACUUCACAUCGCCUCCCCGCCCAUCACCACAUUCCCUUAUGUCCUUUCUUGCUUGGUUACUAACAUCUAUGGACAGAAGAGGAGAAAAAAAUCCUCAGCCCAUCUGUAACUCUGGGCUAUCAUAUAAUGUGUUUACAGCAACACAUGCUGGAUUCUUAUUAGUGUAUCCUCUUUUAGGGGGUGUUUCAGUAUCUGGUGGUAGUAACUUGAGGUAAAUAUAUGAAAUUACUUUCAUCAUCCUGCAGUGUUUAAAGGACUGGAGCUAUAAGGGUGCAAAGACUAUUGCUGUUGCAGAUGUGUGGAAAAGUGUGUGUAGCCUGCGCUGAAAUGUAUUGCAAAAUUGUGAUGUUUGAAAGGCUGAUGGAGAGCAUGGUUGUUCAGGGAGCUCAGAAAAAAAGGCCAAAUUACAUUCAGGUGAAAUGAUUACAGGAGAACUCUUUAACACAUGGGUUAUAGAACUUGUACAGAAAAUGAUUAACAAGUCAUUAAAAAGGAUACAAACAAAA